AUGUUGCGUUUUGAGAAACUUUUUCAGAGAAGUCAAGGUCGACUUCCGGUGGCAUAUCAAGCUACUGCAAUGGCUUCCCACCACGAAGGGUUGCUCGAUUUUGAUGAUUUUUUUGACGACGAAUGGAUGAAUGAACAGGUUGAGGAGAUUUCAAUUGCGUUCUGUAAUGAAAAUGGCAUUGAAGUUAUUUUGGAGCGACCCUUGUCUGACAAGACACGAGGAGGAAAGAGCAAAAAGACGACGUCAAAGCAGCAGAAAGCAAAACAAUCAAAGGAUGAAAUACAGUUGCCAAUUUUCAACGAAAUCGGAUCUUUAAUUAGGGAGGCUAUUUGUAGUAUGGAGGCUGAUGAGAUGAUUUAUCACAUGUAUCAAAGUGAUAUACAAAAACUCAAGACCCUCGACAGCUUCCCACUACAGGAAUUUAUUAAAUCAAAAUUUUUUGAAACUUGCAAGGGUAUGGCUACCACCUCAGCUAUUUCACCAAAUGCCAAAGAAACCAUGUGGGUAAAAUUUGAUGAAAUAUGGAAAGAUGAAGCCUUCACUGAAUCUGUACAGAACUCUUUCUACAUCACCAAAGAUGUUUGCUCUUGGUUUUUAUUCACACUCCAGCAGACCAUUGCAAAAAGAUUGUUUACUGAUAAAAAACCAAAUGAUACCAUCACAGAAAUCAGCGCUGAUGAAAAACACACUGUCACGUAUAUAUGUGGAAGCAUUCUAAAGAAGCUUACCACAAAAUUUUUUGAUCUAAAGCGAAAAACAAAGGCCGAAAUUCAUCCAUUUUUGCAAAAGCAAAUUGAUAUAAUUGCUGAAUGCAAAGAAGUCGCUGGUGCUGUUUCGAUCAACAGUAAUAACAAAUUGAUUGAAACUCUUAGCAGGGGAGGCCUCGUGUAUCCCAAGAAGCAAUUUGUUGAAAUAUUUUUAGAAGUGGAGAGCAUAUUCCGUGGCCAUGUUUCCAACAUUUCAAGGUCUAUCAACAAGGAAGAAGUUGUGACCAAAUGUUUUGAAGGUACCUCAAUCUCUGAUCAAUUUUUUUCAAUGACAGAAUCUAUGGCAGCAACUGAUGAGCACAAAUGUGAACUAUUAAAAAGCUGCAUUGACUUGUACAUUAAAAUAAGAUCGUUUGGACAUGCAAAAAAUACAAUUGAGAGUUAUUAUUCAGCAACUCAAACUGAAAAAAAGCAGAAGGCCCUGAGGAGAGAUAUCAAGAAAAAAUCAGAUGCAACAACAAAAUCUAUGACAAAGAAAAGCAAGUCUUGA